GAUUUACGGUAUCUUCCAGACUUCGAAGGUAUACAACUCCAUCUUCCAAGUUUUCUUAAAAGCGAGAUUGCAAUUGGUAAGAGCAAACCGUCGAGAUGGAUCCGAAUCCGACUAAGUUUCCAAUUCUCUCAUUUGUAAUGUCCAAACUUCCAAGCAUCGGUCCUCGACGGGCUGCCGGUGCUGAAGAAUUUGACGUUGAACAACCAAAACCACAAUCGCCGACGGUGCAGGAGCCUCAUUUUGAGCUUACCGAGCGGAUGCCCCACCUCACUGACCCCAAGGUUGCUUCAGCCAUGCGGCUGGCCGUUGCAGACGUAGUGCAGGCGCGAUCUAUGCUCUCGUCCAUCGGAGAACGGCCUGAUCACGAAACCGUGGACACCGCAAAGAUGAAGCUGACGGAGAUCGAUGCUUACCUGGCUAAUAAGCUGGAGGAGAUCGUGCUGACGUCGCAGCCGACGGAGGUGGAUCCGCAGGGAUCGAGGUCGAAGCUGGCGGAGAAGGAGGCUGAUUGCCGCAAGGAGGCGGAGAGGGAGCGGGAAUUGCACAAGGCCGUUAUUGCAUUGGAGGAGAUGCAUGAAUCGUACGCCAGGCUGUUGAAAGAGGCGGAGAUGAGGCUGGAGAAAAUUUACGAGGUGGCUGUUGCAGGGGGCGAUGUGGACGCUGUAGCGCGGGAAGAAUCUGGAGACGAGAAUCCUGCUGAUAGAGCGGCGGUGAAUGAAGAAAUUGUUGCUAUUUUGCAGAUGGCAUCGGGGAAUGGAAUCGAGAAAGUUGAUUUAUCUCACAGGCAAUUGACCUUGCUGCCUGAAGCUUUUGGGGGCAUCCGCUCCUUAGUUGUGCUAAACUUGUCGACCAAUCAGCUUGAGGCAAUACCCGAUUCAAUUUCCGGCCUGGAGAACCUUCAAGAACUUUAUCUCUCUAAUAAUCUUUUGGAAUCACUUCCGGACUCUAUUGGUUUCCUAUACAACUUGAAGAUCUUAGAUAUCUCUAGCAACAAACUAGCUGCCUUACCUGAUAGCAUCUGUGAGUGCAGGUCAUUGGUGGACUUAGAUGCCAGCUUCAACCAACUCACUUACUUGCCAACCAACAUUGGGUUCGGACUAGUGAAUCUUAGAAGACUUGCUAUUUUCUUGAAUAAACUUCGCUCCCUUCCCACAUCCAUUGGUGAGAUGAGAUCCUUGCACGUUCUAGAUGUGCACUUCAAUGAGCUUCGAGGCCUUCCACAUUCGAUUGGGAAUUUGGCAGGUCUUGAGAUCCUCAACCUAAGCAGUAAUUUCAGUGACUUAACCGCACUUCCCGAUUCGCUCGGUGACUUGACAAAUCUCAAGGAGCUUGAUCUGAGCAACAACCAAAUCAGUGAAUUGCCCCAUUCAUUUGCCCGACUUGACAAUCUUACUAAGCUUAAUCUGGAUCAAAACCCUCUUACAAUACCUCCUAAGGAGGUUGUGGAUGAAGGGGUCCAAGCUAUCAAAGAUUAUAUGGUUAAAAGACGACUUGACAUAUUGAUGGCUGAAGAACGGCAAUCUAUGCAAGAAGAAUUGGACCAGGCGCCAACCGACAUUUUAACUCGUAGCACUUCAUGGCUCUCUAGGGUUGUUUCAAAUGUUUCUGAGAGUGUUACUGGCUAUUUUGGUGGUGCCUCUGGGAUGUCUGGCGCUGAUCAUUACCUAAAUCAGCAGUUGUGAUUCAUGUUUCAGCUUACAGUUCCUUGUGUUUUGUCUGUGCACUCUCCGGUUGCAGAUUUAGAGAUACGACACAGUAAUAAAGCUGGUGCUGGCUUUUUGCAUAAUAUGAGCUGUUCCUAGAUAUUUGGGUUUUAUAUCAUAAAGCAAACGCAAACUGAGAAGACUAUUUGCUGCAGGGUUGGUUUGCUAUCGGAUUAAACUGCUUAUUCACUCAACUGAAUCAGCAGAGAGAUUUUGAUGUACAUGUUUUUGAGAUGGCAUACCGUUAUACUUUUGAUCUAUUUGGCUAAAAAAUCAUGUCUCGCUUUUUUUCAACUGAUCUUAAGAAAGCUGAAGUUUUCGGUUCUGAAAUAAACACGCUUGGAGAUUAUCUCUAAAUUCAUCUAAUCCGGUUGGGAAAAUCACAAUUGUGUAAGUUUUGGCCUACACUUUUUGUACAUUAGGUAGACUCAGGUCACGGAUAAUCAUUGUUCUGGAAUUUGGUCAUCAGAUCAGAUAUGGUGUCUAUGACUCUAUGUGGUGGGAAAUUCCAUUUGAAAAUAUGUACAGUAUAUUAUUCACACAGAUAAUUAAUACGGAUUAUUUAUGCACAUAUAUUCGUUUGCAUGCAACACACAUUUUGGCUGCACUUGUCAUAUACGUAGUAUGUUUGAAUGUAAGGAAAUCAAAUACCGAAGUAUCUAUUAUGGAC